UUAAUGAAAAUUGCUUUAAUUUUCAGAAAAAAAGACAAAAAAAAAAAAAAAACUUCGUGCACGACACAUUAUUGACUUCAAGACUUCCUCCUCCAUUUUUAUUUUUUCAGUAAACAACUAUAUAUUCCAGGUAUAUAUAUAUAUAGUGAGGAACAUAAGUGCAGAGAAGAUGCAAAAAAAAAUGGAGGUGGUGGGUGAGCAACAAAAGCACUUUGUGCUAGUACAUGGUGCAUGCCACGGAGCUUGGAGCUGGUACAAGGUAAAGUACCGGCUGGAGUCUGCCGGCCACCGCGUCACAGCCCUGGACCUAUCAGCUUCCGGGGUCAACCCGAAGAUACUAAAUGAGGUCACAACUCUAUCCCACUACACUCAACCGUUAUUGGAGUUGAUGGAAUCAAUUCCUAGUAAGGAAAGGGUUAUACUUGUGGGACACAGCCUUGGUGGCUUGAACUUGGCUCUUGCCAUGGACAAGUUCCCACAAAAGAUUGCAGCCUCUGUCUUCGUAGCAGCCUUUAUGCCCGAUUCCACUCACGGUCCAUCAUAUGUUUUGGAUCAGUAUUCUGUCAGUAUACCAUCCGACAAUUGGGUGGACACCAAGUUCGGAACGUAUGGUGGUCCCGACGAGUCUCUAACGUCCAUGUUUUUCGGUCCGGAGUUCUUGUCACUCAAACUCUACCAGCUAUGCUCCACUGAGGAUUUGGCAUUAGCGAAAUUGUUGGUAAGACCAAGUUCGUUGUUUAUGGAAGAUUUAGCAAAGGCAAACAAUUUCACAAAUGAAGGAUACGGAUCGGUUUCGCGAGUUUAUGUAGUAUGCAACGAGGAUAAAGCAAUACCGGAGAAAUUCCAGCUGUGGAUGAUCGAAAACGACCCGGUUAAGGAGGUGAGAGAGAUCAAAGACGCAGACCAUAUGCCUAUGUUUUCAAAGCCAGACAAACUAUGCAGUCAUCUCUUAGAGAUAGCUCAUAAGUACACUUAGAAGUUGUCUGUGUUGGGGGUUUUCUUGAACAAGCUGAAGGCCCUUAUCGUCUCUUCCUUGGCAACAUUCUUCAUUCAAAAAUGCACCUCCACAACCUCCCUCAGAAAAGCGCGCCAAAUACACGCCCUCCUCCUAACCUCCACACCCACAAUCUCACAGUCGUGGCCGUUUCUGUACAACAACCUCCUCUCCAUGUACGAGCGAUGUGGUUCCCUCGGCGACUGUCGUCUCGUGUUCGACAAAAUGCCUCAACGAAACAUUGUUUCUUUCAACGCACUCCUUGCGGCCUAUUCUCGAAGUCCUCAGCAUGCCUUUUUGGCCUUCGAAUUGCUUACUCAAUUGGAAGCCGAAUACCUUAGGCCAAAUGGCUCGACAUUCACAAGCCUGUUGCGAGCAUUUUCUUCGCUCAAAGAUCAGUUGACAGGCUCGGUGUUGCAUACCAAAGUCAUGAAAUUUGGAUACUUGGGUGACAUUCGUGUCCAAACAUCUCUACUUGGGAUGUACUCGAAUUGUGGGGAUUUGGAAUCCGCGAGACAAGUUUUCCUACAUAUAGUUGACAAAGAUGCGAUGGCUUGGAAUUCGAUAAUUUCUGGGUAUAUGAAAAAUGGUAAGAUUUUGGGUGGCCUUCAUUGUUUUGGCAGCAUGGUGAAAACUGGUGCCGUUCCUACACAAUUCACGUAUUCAAUGGUGUUGAAUGCAUAUAGCAGAUUGGGAGAUCAUUCAUCUGGAGAACUCAUUCAUGCCCAAUUAAUAGUAUCUGGCACACCACCUGAUUUGCCAUUGCAGAAUGCCCUCCUUGAUAUGUACUGCAAUUGUGGUGACACCGAAAUGGCACUUGGAGUUUUUAGUAGAAUUGAGAAUCCAGAUUUAGUUUCAUGGAACACUAUGAUAGCGGGGUAUUCGGGGAACGGGGAUGGAGAGAAAGCCAUGGAUAUGUUUGUCCAAUUAAGUCGGAUGCCUUCUGCUACACCGGAUGAAUAUACUUUUGUGGCCAUCAUUUCUGCAACAGAAUCAUUCCCGGCUUCUGACUAUGGAAAAUCAUUUCACGCCCAAGUGAAGAAAGCAGGAUUCGAGAGGAAUGUCUAUGUAGGAAGCGAGCUAGUGUCAAUGUACUUCAACAAUGGUGAAAGUGAUUCUGCUCAAAAAGUUUUCAGUUCAAUUCUGGAGAAGGAUAUUGUUCUCUGGACCGAAAUGAUUGUAGGUCAUUCUAGAAUGGGUGAAGGGGAGACUGGAAUUAAGUUCUUCCAUGGGAUGUCACAAGAAGGCCAAAAGAUUGACAGCUUUGUUCUUAGCAGUGCUUUGAGUGCAUGUGCCGACCUUGCAACAAAGAAGCAAGGUGAGAUGAUUCACUGCCUGGCAGUAAAAACAGGAUAUGUUAUUGAAAUACCGGUUUGUGGCAGUCUGAUAGAUAUGUACACCAAAACUGGGGAUCUUCAAGCUGCCGAAUGGAUACUUUCCCAAGUUGCAAACCCUGAUUUAAAGUGCUGGAAUUCAAUGCUUGGAGGAUAUGGUCACCAUGGGAAGGCAGAAGAGGCAUUGAAGGCUUUUGAUGCGAUUCUGAAACACAAUCUAAGACCAGAUCAAGUAACAUUCAUUUCUUUGCUUGCAGCUUGUAGCCACUGUGGCCUGGUCGACAAAGGAAGGUUCGUGUGGAAUUAUAUGAAAGAAUAUGGCUUAAAACCGGGGCCUAAGCAUUAUUCUUGCAUGGUAACUUUGUUAAGUCGAGCUGGACUACUGGAGGAGGCAGAGGAAAUUAUUCUCGAUUCACCUUUUAGUGAAGAUUACCUAGACUUAUGGAGAACGUUAUUAAGCUCGUGUGUUAUUAAGAGAAAUUUGAUAAUUGGUGUUCGUGCUGCUGAGCAAGUUUUAAGCAUAGACGCAGAAGACAGUGCAACACAUAUAUUACUUACCAAUCUUUAUGCUGCUGCUGGAAGAUGGGAUGUUGUCACAGAAAUAAGGAGAAAAAUAAGGGGACUGAAGCUGGACAAAGAUCCAGGGCUAAGUUGGAUCGAGGUCCUGAACAAUAUUCAUGUUUUUUCUUCAGGUGACCAAUCACACCCAAAGGUUAAUGAAAUGCAAGCUGAAUUAUGUAGAUUACAAAAGAACAUGAUAAGAUCUGAAGCAUAGAACUCUUCUUGACACGGGGCUCUCGUACAAAGAAUUCAGAGACUACUGACUAAGUGAGAAAGAAAGAGCUUGAGUUGGGUUCCAUGGCCACAUGUUCAAGGUAAAAUGCAAGCUGAAUUGUGUAGAUUACAAAAGAACAUGAUAAGAUCUGAAGCAUAUGACUCUUCUUGACACGGGGCUCUCGUACAAAGAAUUCAGAGACUACAGACUAAGUGAGAAAGAAAGAGCUUGAGUUGGGUUCCAUGGCCACAUGUUCAAGAUAUGGUGAGUAUGUGCUUGAACCGAAACAGAAUGCAGAGUGGAUUUUGUGCUCUCUGUUGCUGAAUUUGCAAACUGCAGUUUGCGCUAUCAUGCAAAAGGGCACCCUCCUACUGGCAAUCUAUAGAAGAAGAGAAUGAAGCAAAGCAACAAUAUGACGAGUCCAUAUGGAUGAAGGAGGAGACUUUGAAGAAUAAAGAAGGGGCUAACCUGAAUUGUUCACAAUCUAUCAAUCCCAAAUGUUGACACUGAACAUUAUUACUGGAAGAUUGAGGCUUGUCAUCGCAAAAGGACGUGAAGAUGAGAUGCUUUCUUUGUUCAAUAUUAACAAGGAUUUAAGUUCAGUUGUUUGCUACCUACGACUGAACUGCAUAAUGUUGUAGGCUAUGUGAAUGCAGUUUGCAGCAUUAACUCAUAAUACAAUUUAUAUAAAAGGACAUGAAGAUUGUGGCUUCACACUUUUAUUUA